CUUGCCUGAAUAGCUGAUUACGUACGUUUCUAUCGUCAGUUUCCUUUCUCGUUCGGUCUCCGGUGUGGUGAAUGGAAGCAUGGCGAUAAUUAGACGGUCACCUACAGGAUUACUGACCUCAGUGAGAUCCGUUCUUACGGGGGGAUUUCGGCAGCAUAACAGUCUAACAACAGACCUUAUCGAGAACAUGGACAAAAAGGAGACAUGGGACAGGUUUUACCGAGAGAACAACGCCAAGAGGGAUUUCAAGAACUUUGAAUGGUUCUUCGGCUUUGACAGCGUCCGGGACUUCAUCUUGCCGCUACUGCGUCCCCAGUCCGACUCUGCCACCUUACGACGCAUUCUGGACCUCGGUUGCGGUACCUCGGCGCUGGGACCCGGCAUCUAUAAACACUCCGAUUGGCCGGUUGACGUCACCUGUGCGGACAUCUCUCCAGUCGCCGUGCAGCUGCUGCAAGAACAAGCGAGAAGCAAACCCUUUCAACCAGGAAACCCAUCCUCCAGACUUUCGUUCCUAGAACUGGACUGCUGUCGACUCCAAACUCAGUUUGGAGAGCAAAGCUUGGACGUGAUCGUCGACAAAGGCACGACUGACGCCCUGUUGAGAUCGCGGGAAGGGCGGCCCAAGGCGGGCUCGGUCCUGAAGCAGUGCCUUGGUGUGUUACGCCAGUCCGGGUGUCUGCUCCAGUUUUCCGACGAGGACCCCGACGCUCGGCUCCUGUGGCUGGAGAGGGAGAGUGGGGGCCUUGGGGCACAAGCAGCGAGGAUUGGACUGCAGGAAGUUGGGACUUUAAGAGGAGUUUGUUACUACUGCUAUAUCAUAAGCCCUCCAGUGCAUUGUGACACCUCAACACCCCCCCUAAGUUAGCAGAAGUCAGAGCCAAAUGUUUUUGUGACCUGGAUUUAUCCAAAACAAUAAUAUGUAGAGCCUUUUGGAGACAGGGGGUCAAGGACAGACACUGUUUAAUUCUCAUAAAGUGGAGCGCAAAUUAAAAUGUCCUAAGUGAAGCAAUAAAUAUGUUUUAUAUUUGAAUCUCAUUCAUUAUCCUAACCCAC